UUCCCUCAGCCUUUUGUAAACACACAUCCAUUUUCUUUACCUUCGUAUAUCCACAAACAAAAUUCAAAUCGUAGCAAUGAGUUUGGCUGAGGAGACUAGUAGUCCUCUGGAGGAGGCGCCAAGUGGCCCAAAAGUCGAUGAUGAACUGGAAUUAUGCAGUAUUGAUGAAGAAACCCGAGAACUUAUCACCAAGAGCUAUACGAAAAGGGAAAAUGACUCAUGGGAGACACUUCCCGAGUGCAACCUCGAGCAAAUGGGCUUCAUGGAGCAGAGCCUGGAGGUGGAGUUCCAGUUCAGCUGCAGCAAGGGGUACAUGCUUCGUGGUAUAACCCAUCUGCUGGAGAACGGAAAAUGCACGGAUGUCGUGGUCCAGGUGGGCAACCAGUCCUUCAAGUGCCACCUGCCUGUUUUGCAGUUGUGCACCGGGUAUUUCAAGCAAUUCAGCAAGGUGGAUGUGGUCACCUUGAGCACGGAAACAAUAACACCGAAGGGUUUUGAACUGGCCUACGACUGGAUGACACAUUCGAAUGCCAAACUUUCCCGAAAACACAUUGUGGAACUCUAUUUGACCGCCAAUUUCCUGGACAUGCCUGAGCUGAAUGCCCAUAUCUGGUGUCGAUUGGACAACCCCAAGAUGCUUAAUGGCUUCGAAGCUUUUCGAUUGUAUUUGCAGUGUUUGCCUCGGAAGGCGAGCGUCCUGCAGGAACUGAUGCUGGGUCGCAUCCAUAACUAUUUCCUGGUGGCCGUGGCCACCGAGGAGUAUCUCGCCUUGGAACCGCGUCACGUCUUCGAGAUGCUCAGUCACAUAAAUAUGUGCGUUAAUUCCGAAAUGGAGAUGUUUAUGAGCGGUGUGAGAUGGCUGCUCUACGACUGGCACAAUCGAAAGGAGUUUGCGGUGGCCAUAAUGCAGGCCAUACGCUUCAAUCUGAUGCCAGCCUGGUAUACCACGGUGCUGAAGACCAAACACGCGGAUGUGGAGUUCCAGGAGCUGCUGGACAUGCCGCAGAUCCAGUCGAUGAUCAAUCUGGGCCUGUCCUUCUCGAUAACCCACAACUUUCUGGAUCCCACAUCGCCGCUGAAGGAGCCGCUGCAGAUGCAGAAGCCCCACGAGCGGCAGUGGGUCUUCAAUCCGAGCAUUCGACAUCACCACCGCUACGAGUGUCCCCAGUGGCGUUACCUGAAUCUGGACGUUUUCAACGAGUACAUGCAGCACAUCAUCGUGGCAGGAUAUCGGUAUGUGCCCUCCCUGGAGUAUUUGAAGCCCGGCCAGCUGAUGUCCUGCUGCCACGAGGCCCUCGAAAAGAAAUCAUUAAAUAAAUAAGCCAGUGGAGAACCGCCCUGUGUGUGUCUGGUUGGCUCAAAAACACACCCUUGGGUGCCAUAUAA